UCUCUCUUUCUCGUCACACACGUUCCCCUCCCCCUUGACAUCCACACCAACUGCGCUAGAACCGCCCCACAGUUGAGUGGUGGAUGAUGCGUUGAGAGAAACGCGUGGGCUACUAAUGUGUUUCCAUCCAGAUCUGGAAUCCUAGGUGCGGGCGACCAGUCGCAUCCAGAUCUGGAAUCCUCGGUGCGGGCGACCAGUCACAUCCAGAUCUGGAGUCACCGCGGUCGAAGGCGUCCGUUUUCCCCAGAUCUGGAGCAAACAUGAUGAUUGGCGAUGGACGAAAGCAGCAUACUGAAUCCGAUGGCCUCGUCUUACCACGACUGGCAUCGGAGAAUGUAGUUGUUGCCUCCACUUCGCCCUCCGCUGUCAACACCAAAGAAGAAUUUGGAGCUGAUAUCAUGCAAAACAUCAACCAGAGCUCCAACACCCCCAUCUCCGUGCACUGUGUCAUGUUUGGACCCGAAGGCUGGGCGGACCUACCACAUGGAUUAUUGCACUCCAUCAUUGUCCUGUUGGGUUCAACUCGUGACCUUCUUGCAUUCAUUGCCACCUGCCCUAGCUGGUAUGCCGCAUUCAUGUCAAUCAGAUCUACCUUAGGCAAGCUCUUCCCACCUGUCAUUUUUCGGAACUGUACCGACGAGACAAGCUCAGCUGGCUCGAACAUUGGAAACACAUGGGAGAUCAUUGAUCCUGUAUAUCCAAGUACUCCGUUGUGUCGCUUGACCCCUCCAAGUAUUUUGGACAAAGUGGCAGUCAUCAAAUGUUCUUAUGAUCAUGCGAUUUUCUGCUACGACAGAUCCCUUAUCAUUAUGGACGUGCUCACUGGCACUACGGUUGCAGCUCCACCUUUUCCUUUGAAUCAACUCUGCCACAGAACCUUCAUAUCUCCAGAAGCGUCACCAGAUUCAUAUCUAUUUGUCAGCAGCCCACACUGCCUGUACGUUUGGCGAGUUGGGAGCCCCUCUUGGUUGAACUGCGAUUUUCUAAAUGCACAUUUGAUCAAGGAGAUGGUGUCCUUCAAAGGCCGGUUCAUUUUGAAGAUGCGUCAAAAACUAUACACCGUGCAUUUGACACCUCAGUUUCAUGUUGAGCUACUAAGAGUUGAUUGCAGAGAUUAUAUGGACCCAUACGUGCUUUCCGGAAAUUUGGUGGCUUGUGAAGACACACUUCUCCUACUUGGUCGUAACGGGGAAGCCUUCUCCAUUGAUUUCUCAACUGAACCUGCAAAGUUUGUGAGAUUAGAAGAGGGAGGCUUGAAGAAGUGGGCGUUCUUCUAUGGCCAGAAACACAUUGGACAUCCACGACACUUAGUGAACCCAGAGAGGAUGGGUUUAAGGGGUGGCCUUGUCUACCAGUUGGAUGAAAACGCUCGAGUAUUUUCAUACCCAGUAGAUGGCAACCAAAAUGAGGAGUUGGAGCCAGAACCUUGUUUUGCGACGAUCAAUGCUCAUCUUGCUCAUAAUCCUACAUCCUUUGCAGCUUGGGUAUGAGAUCAUGUCGUUGUACCGUGCAGUUGUCUUGUUGUCGUUGGAUGCACUUGGGAACUUUUUGUAUUCGGUCGCUAUGUUCUUUCUAGUUUCCGCUCCUCUGAUGGAGUACAUCAAGAUUUGUAAUAAUCUCUGUUUGCUACCCAGUGUAUGUUCUUGGAGGCAAAACUUGUGCUACA